GUAAUGUAGUCCAGCGGCAGGACUACAAUACCCAGGGGGCUCCGCGCCACACCCUCUCUGCCGGCGCCGCAGUAACACCGGGUCCUGCUCCCGUCCCCCUCCUCCCCCCGAACAACAUGGCGGGGCUGGGCAGCGGGGAGCGCUGGGCAGAAGCCUUAAUUGACGCGCUCAGAAGGAAUGCACGCCCAGCAGAGGAAAACAGUGAGAGUUCUGACUUCUGUGCUUGCAGCAACUGUAUGAGAGGGAAGAACGAGAAGUGCGACAAUGAGAGGGGUCAAGCAGGCUCUGAAGAAGCUAAUAUGACUUACACGGAGGAGCAGUUGUAUGGGGUACAAAGAAUAAAGAAGUGUAGCAAUUAUUAUGAAAUUUUGGGAGUUGAGAGAGAUGCCAAUGAGGAGGAUUUGAAGAAAGCUUAUCGAAAACUGGCCCUUAAAUUUCACCCUGACAAAAACUGUGCUCCUGGAGCAACAGAAGCUUUUAAAGCAAUAGGCAAUGCUUUUGCCGUUCUGAGCAACCCUGAAAAACGAUUACGAUAUGAUCAAUUUGGGGAUGAGCAAGAGACUUUCAGCACUCCCCGGGCUAGGAAUUAUGAUUAUUACAGGGAAUUUGAAGCAGACAUCACACCAGAAGAAAUAUUCAACAUGUUUUUUGGUGGGCACUUCCCUACAGGAAAUAUUCAUAUGUUUUCAAAUGUAACACCAGACGCUCACUAUUAUCGGCGGCGACACCGAAAUGAGAGAGCCUGGACGCAGGAAAAAGAGGAGGAAGAGAACAGGCCUCAGAAUACAUACUCUGCAUUUAUUCAGUUGCUACCAGUUUUGGUGAUCAUAGUUGUGUCAGUUAUAACUCAGCUGAUGGCCACUAAUCCACCGUACAGCCUGUUCUACAAAUCGUCCAUAGGCCAUACCGUUCCUAGAGAAACACAAAACCUUCAGGUGCCUUAUUAUGUUGAUAAAAACUUUGAAAAUAGUUAUAAAGGAGCAGAACUUCAAGAGCUAGAGAAAACGGUUGAAAAGGAUUAUAUAGACUAUAUACAGACCAGCUGCUGGAAGGAGAAACAACAAAAAUCCGACUUGUCAAAUUUGGCCAGAUUAUACAGAGAUGAGCGAUUAAAACAGAAAGCGGAGUCACUGAAACUUGAGCACUGUGAAAAGCUCUCCAAUCUUAUUGGACUACACAAGGGGGGCUGAGUAGGCCAGACAAAUGCUGGGUUAUUUAUUGCUAUUUUAACUUGUUUCUAUUUUCCUUUGUAUUUAUUAAAAAAAGAAAAAGAGCCUAAUGUAGAGUCUUAAUAAUUGGUAACUUUGUAAUGUUCACCGAAUUGGGCAACCCUGAGCCAUAGACACGGUAUUUGCUCUAAUAUACUGUAUAUUCUGUUUGGUUCCAAGGACCAAUGGUAUUCAAUGUAAAUUAACUCCCUAAAAUGUAGCUUAGUGUGGCACCAGUCUUCAUUUGAUACAGUUUUUCUGCCACCCAAGCAACUUUGCUUGCCAGAAAAGUAUACAUAAUAUCCCAUACACUCUGUAUUUUAUUUGGACAUAGACCACACUCAGUCAUUCAGGCGACAUAGUUUUCAGUUAUAUGCUAGCAUUCCCAUAUUCAUCUGAAGCUGAUGUCCUUGCAUCCAAAAUGGCUUGUGAAAAAAAAUUGAGAGAGGGCAUACUCCCUGCUCCGUUCUACUUUCCAGUGCUUAGCUCAGGUAUUCAUCAAAGCCUUGAUUCAGCUAAGUACCUAAGCAUGUACUUAGGUCUCAUUGAAGUCAAUGAGAUUUAAGCAUGUGCUUAAAAUUAAGCAUGUGUUAAGUGCUUUGCUGAAUUUAGAUCCAAACCUGUACUAUUUUUUUUAUAAUUAGUGAUGUAAUUAACCCAGAUUGCAAGUAGGAACUUGGAAAUUGUUUGUUCCUGCAAUAGCAUCUCAGUUGCUAACAUUCGUUGCUGUGCAUGUGGGAUGCAUUCGUGGAGUCCCUGCUCUUGCCACAGUAUCUCAUUUGAACUCACCCAUUUAUCCUUUUCUCUCUCAUUGAAAACUUGCGAUGAUAACAUUCAUUGUGAAAAUUACAGCUGCUAUUUAGCUAAAUUUGAAGGAUGUCAGUGGAUCUAAUUAAGCAAAGGUGUAUCCCAUCUCUUUUGCAAUGAGUGGGAGAAGCUUUCCCACAGCUAUUAGUAUUAUAAUCUAGUUUAACUGGCCUAGGAACUGUAAGGCUGAUCCUCCAGUGGACUAGAUCUGAUGUAGAGGCUCUUAUGCCACACGAUCACCCUGCUGCCAGUGUAGCAUGGAAAAGAGGGCAUGGCUUCUGCAACAUGUCAAUCUUCAGUUGCAUUUUGGCCCCUUGUAACUAUUUCAGCCUGGUGUAAAUUAGAGCAUCCUUUGAGCUGCUCGAACAGUACAAAGAGACCAGCCUGCAUGCAGCUGCAGAAGGAUCAAGACUGUCCAAAGGUGGGUUUUAAACCACUUAUGCCUACCCUCUUAACGGGAAUCUGCAGCUUAGCUGCACCCCAGGUUCUGGACUGUUGUAUUUAAUCUUUGACUUGAUUUAGCAGCAGAAGAGGUAGGCACUCAUCAUACUUCCCUUUUCUUUUUCUGUCUACAAAUUUGUUGAAUGGACUCUUCUAGAGGAUGAAAUUGUCCUUUUCCACAGACCACGCACAUUACAUGUGGUAGUGCAGGCUUCUCCAUGUUCAGCCUAGAUCUAGUGACAAUAGUGACUCUUGUAAUGUGUUGACACGUCUCCACUAGAACUAAUCCAAUACUCCACCCACUUUUAAACCUCACUAUAGGUAGUGCAGGUAGCCACCGUUUGCUUCUUUUUUUUUUUUUUUAAAUCUAGGAGAUCACAUACAAAAUGCUACCUUAGAAUAAUGUUAAGGUUGCAAAGACAUGGGCUCCAAAGUUAAGAAAUGGCAGAAUUAAGGUUGUCCAUGCAGCUUCAAUGCAGCCCCUGUGUAUAUGCAUUAUGAUGCAGUCUAUAAUUACAUGAUCACAACUAUUUUUUUUCACAGAACCCCUGCCUCAUUCAAUGUACAGGAUGCACAGUGCUGAGGAAAAAUGAAUCAGGGUUGCAUAGAGACCAGUUGUCUGUAGGACCGUUUACUGUAGGAAUUGAAAGGUGUGUAGGGAAUGAAAUGGGAUUGCAGUAAGAGAAAGGAUAGUUUGAUGGUUAAGGCAACUGAAUUCCGCACUUGAAAAGUUGGAUUCUGUUCCUACCUCUGCCAUAGAGUUUCUGUGUGGUGCUGGGCAAGUCACUUAAGCCAAACUUUUUUCACAGGUGGCCAUUAGUUUGUCAUCUUGUGAGUGCCUGAUUUGAGACACCUGGGGACUGAUUUGCAGAAGUGCUCAGCACUCACAACUGUAGGUGAAGUCUGUGUUUUGAACAUAUAAAGUGAUAUAAAUUACGAAGGUUUCUGAAAAAUCAGACCACAGGCACCUUGGAUACUUUUGACAGGAAUCUCUCUGCCUCAGCCCCCAAUAUGUGAAAUGGGAAUAUACCCCCUUUUCUCUAAGGGUGUUGUGAAGAUCGAUAGAUAAAUGGUUGUGAAGCACUCAAAUACUGUAGUGAUAGAAAACCCACAAAGAAAUUAAAUCUGUAUUUGGUGCAGGGCUUGGAUGGCGUGCACUAUAAAUAAGGAUGGACAUCACAGACUGCUCAGUGAGGAUAAAACAAAAUAUUGAGUAGCUGCUUAUUCAGCGAGCAACAUGCAUCCUGUGCUCUGAAUGAGGCAGGGAUCCUGCAGGGGGAAAAAUAGCAUCUCAUCAUAUAAUUAAAGAUUGUAUCAUCAUGCACGCUCACAAGGGUCCCAAAUUAACAUUUCUGGGAUGACCUUAAUUCUGCUGUUUCCUAAUCUGAGUGCUGUACUUGACUUUGUUUAUAAAGUUUUUUUAAUAUAGCAUUGUAUAUGUAAUUUGAUAUACACUACAAUAGAUUUUAUGUGAAUAGCAGGUCAGUGUUUACAUCGAGUUUAGUAUCCUCCAGUUACUUCUAAUUUAUGCUCCCAGUGCUAUCAAAAAUGUGAUAGGAAAACUGAAUGCUAUGAUCUGGUUAGACACAACAUGUACUGUAUAUAAUUUGAAUACCUACAUGAUAUUUUGUAUUUACAGUAUAUUGCACCUUUCAUCCAACAAUCUUAGUGUUUUAUAGAGGCAGGACAUGAUCUACAAGAAGCACCAUCAUUUUAGGAGAUUUCUGUGGGACUAAAAAAGAGACCAUGAUUAAGUGGAAAACAAGACUGAAAAGUAAAGAGAUGUUUUAAAAAACAGUAAGAUGUUCUGUAUUCAGAAUCAUGGUGUUAUAUCGGAUAUUAAAAUCCUUCGCAGAGACUACUGCAAUGCCAGUAUUCUAGGGUAUGUGAGUAAAAACAAUUAGCAACAUAAAAUGUCUUGUGCUAAUGUUUGUCACUACUUCUGUUUUUGCUAGAAAAUAGAUCAAAUCGAUCAAAUCUAGUCAAAUAUUUCUCAAGGUAACAGUAACUCAUUAAAUGAACUACUUUCUUUAACCAGAAGGCAUUUACCAAAUUGUGAUCAACUUCUAUUUCCUGGUCUCUAUAUUAGAGUGUUUUUCUGAGCAGCAAGUAGGGCGUAUUCAUUUUGAUUUAGGCUUCUAAUAUUUCCUGCCAUGAUAUAAAUAUGAGCUGUGUAAGGAUAUUUUAUUAUUUCUAAGAAGCUUUGUAAGCCCUCCGGGCUGUUUCUAUGAGAAUUCCAAAAGGUUUGUGAAUAUGAUUAUAUUUUUAGAAAUGAAGGAUUUCACAUUCUAAUUUAUGUACAUACUGUGGGUAAAAAGAUACCGAAUAUGAAAAAAGACAUGGUUGUGGAGUUUUGGGCUUUAUCAUGUGAAAUUGACAAUGUACAGCAGUUUCCACGAAGACUUCUAAUGUAAAAUGAAUUACUGUCCCACUGGUGGCCAUAACCCUGAAGCAGUGGUUCAUCAGUUACAAAGCAGUUUUUGAAGGCUAUCCUUGGAGAUACUAGAUUACCUUUUCAGACCAAGCCAAGCCAUUAACGCUGUCUUCCUAUCUGUGGUUCACUUGAAAUUCCCAAUCUCUCUUCCUCUUGCCAACCCCCGAGACAACAUAAGGUACAAACUCUAUCCUUAGAUGUACUCACACAAAUAUCGUUUAACCCAAUGACAGAUGUAUACCUGUAUCCAAAGGAAGAAUUUGGCCCUAUGCUUUGGAAACAUGGAUCUAUUGUAUGAUCUUCUCUGAUGCACUGGAUUUUGAUAGGAGCAGCCCACGGUAACCAGUUAAUUGAUACUAGAAACAGUUCUGCACUUUGUUGCAAAGUACAGUAAUGUUAGAUUUAUAGUCAGGGUUAACUAUGUAUUUUCUUCAAUAUUUGUCCAACUAAAGAGAUGCUCACUUUGUGGGUAAAUAUAGCUGGUAGUGUAAACUAAAGAUUUGCAUUUCCUGAUGAUAUUAUAAAUUAUUUCUUAUCUAAGCAUGCAUGACACAUCAAAAGGUGCAGCAUUUAUUUUGUUGGUUUCAAACUUUUGUUUAAUGGAAAAUGCAACCUUAGUAUUCGUAUUUAUUUAACUUAUUUCAGUAGGAGAUGUUAAAAUAUUUAUUUUCUGAAUGUAUAUUCCAUUUACCUUAAGUAAAUCCAUAUUGGCCGUACUGUAAUAGUGUAUCAGUCCAUUGAACCUUGACUGUACAGUUCUAAUUUACAUAAAUUGUAUAUUUGUGUAUAUUUCCUCUCUGUAUUGUUACACUAGAUGAUUAGAAAAUACACUGUUCUGUCCUUACUACAGUAAGAAUUCUGGAAAAAAUCAGUUCUGUCUUGAUUGGUGGGUCUAAAUAAUCAGCUCAGUUCUUGAGACCUUAGUUUGUUUUGACUUGUGUACUCUUAAGCAGAAGAUAAAGUUUUUGUAUUAAAUGUAAUGGAGCCACGCUGUUCAUCUUGGAAUGUUGAUCUGAGCUAUUACUGUGCUCCCUGAAGCACUCUUUUGGGAUAUAAGAUUUAACAAGGCUACAUCUAAAGCUAGUGCCAUCAAAAGUUAUCAAUAGGAAGUAGCAGGUGACGCUACCAUGCCAUCGGUUUUGUGGUUAUGUCUGUGCCAGAGUCAUGCCUGAAAAAGAGGUGCUAAGGCCAAGCCUAAAACCAGAUC